UUGCCGCUUUUUCAGAUUUGUGUAGAAGUGUCACUGUCACAAAAAACAAUAGCUACAAGUAUUGAGACGGAAUCGAAAGAGCAUCUGAACACAGCAAGCCUACGGUAUGCUUGCAAGCCUAUUUGGGAGGACGGAGGUUUCGGUAUCGGACUUUACAGGCGAAAAGCCGGGCCCUGGCAAACACGAUUAACACUGGCCGAGCAGCAAAUCCUGAAUCCUAAUCACACGUUGCUUUACGAUUAUGUGUUGCUGCAAAGGAAGGACAAAAAUUUCUUGCAAACAUAUAAUUGCAUACAGGGAAAUAAAACCAACUGGAGGUUCCUGGAUCAAAUCAAUGAGUUGCCGUGGCCUUAUUACGUGGCAUGCGAUCGAUCAUGGAUGGUCAGAUGGGGACGCUUAAUUGACUGUAGUCUCUACAAUAACAAGCAUUAUCUAGAGGAGAUAUAUGACGAUGAUUACGUGUUUCUAUAG